AUGUCGCCGCACCCUCCCGCACCCGCCUCGUCGUCGAACGCGACGGUGGAGCUGGGCGCAGCGAUCGAGCGGUCGCUGUCGCGCGUGCACGAGUUGGAGCGAACCGUCUCUCUCUUCCACGAGUCCAACCAGCUGCUCCUCCUCGACCGCAUCAACGGCCUGGUCACGGGGUUCGCGGAGCUGCUCGGCGCAGCGGAACAGUGCGAGGCGCAUGUGCCGCUGGACGUGCUCAGGUGUGUGGAUGAGGGGCGCAAUCCGAACGAGGUGACGCGGGAGCUGCUGCGGGGCUGUGUGGCGCACAACGCCACCACCAAGGGCAAGGUCGACGCCUUCAAGGCGCUGCGAGCGCAGCUACUGAGUGAGAUGGACCGAGUGUUCCCCGAGGAGACCGAGGCCUACCGCGACCUGCGCCUGCACUCCCUGCAGGCACGUUGCCACUGGGGCCACGGGUGGGUGGGAGCGAAGGCGGGAGGUCGUGGGGGAGUAGGUGGUGGGGCAAGCGCACGUAGGGGGCACAGUAGUUCUGCGCGUGAGGAUAAUGUGUAUCGCGCCAAGCUCGCGGAGCAAGCCGAGCGCUAUGACGAAAUGGUGGAAGCCAUUGAGGAAGUUGCUAAGAUGACUGACGGAGCGGAGCUGUCCGUCGAAGAGCGUAAUCUUCUCUCCGUCGCUUUCAAGAACGUCGUUGGUGCUCGUCGUGCAGCGUGGCGCAUCGUGUCGUCGAUCGAGCAGAAGGAGGAGAGCCGAGGACAUGAAGACCGCGUAGCCGUCAUUAAGGAGUACCGCGCUAAGAUCGAGAAGGAGCUCGACGAGGUUUGCGGGCGUAUUUUGUCUCUUCUGGACACCACUCUUAUCCCGGCUGCACAGUCUGCUGAGUCGAAGGUGUUUUAUCUGAAAAUGAAGGGCGACUACCACCGUUACCUCGCUGAGUUCAAGACUGGAGCUGAUAGAAAGGAUGCUGCUGAGAGCACACUGGCUGCUUACAAGUCAGCUCAGGAAACUGCCAAUGCUGAACUCGCCUCCACUCACCCGAUCCGUCUUGGCCUUGCUCUCAACUUCUCCGUGUUUUACUACGAGAUUUUGAACUCUCCCGAGCGCGCUUGCACCCUUGCCAAGCAGGCGUUCGACGAGGCUAUUGCUGAACUUGACACAUUGGGAGAGGACUCGUACAAGGAUAGCACGCUGAUCAUGCAGCUGCUGCGGGACAACCUUACACUCUGGACUUCUGACAUGCAGGACGAGGCUACCGAGGAGAAGGCAGAUGCUUGA